UUUGUUCAACUUCAGCUGAGGGAACCGGAAGAAGUCACGGUAAACUGAGCGCAACUAAAUACAUCAUGCCUACAUUAUGAGACCGACAUGACAGGGCCGCAGAAGUUUACAUUUGAAUGUAAAUCACCGUCGACAGUCAUGGUAUUAAGCACCCACCUUCUUGUGCUGAUUACCUUUGGGUGUUUCGCUCCUAGUUUUCCACUACCGAAUGCGAAGGUGAGUCCCUAUAUUGCAGCUCAGCUACCCCUGUGGGAGCACGGGGAUGCAGAUGUGGUCAUCUACCGCAUUCCCUUGCUCAGUUACACCCCUGGAGGGCGCCUGCUGGCCGUCGCUGAGGCACGGAAGUACACUGGGGGAGACGCUGGUCCUAAAUUCAUGGCCAUCCGCAGGUCACAGGAUGAACUGGGAGACAAGUGGGAGCCGAUGCAGUACAUCGUGGAUGACGGCUAUCUCAUCUUUGACGGCCUCAACAACGGCAACAUCAUCGUGGAUGAUGAGAAGGGCAUCAUCUUCAUCAUGUACAGCAUCUGCUACCACCACGACAGGUGCGACAUCGCCAGCAUUAAGCUGGUCAAGAGCGUCGAUGACGGCGUGACAUGGUCUAAGCCGAUCAACAUCUCAGAGCAAGUGGGCACUCCUUCGUUUGCUCCAGGGCCUGGCUUUGGCAUCCAAAAAAAAUUGGAUCCUAACAAGGGACGGCUAGUCUCCUGCGGUCACGGCUCUGGGUUUGGAGGCGGUGUGCAGUGCCUGCUGAGUGACGAUCACGGGUUGACAUGGCAAUGGGGAGGGAAUAUCACCAAGAAUGCCAGCUUUGUGCCAGAUGAGUGCCAGGCUGCUGAACUGCCUGAUGGCUCCAUCAUGCUCAACAUCCGCAAUGGUCACAGAUACCAGUGCCACUGUCGUAUAGUGGCACGCAGUUACAACGGCGCUGAGACUUUUCCUCUGAACGACGUGUAUGUGGACAAGGCUUUGAUUGAACCAGCGUGUGCUGGAGGAAUGCUGUAUCACAGAGACGUGCUGUUCUUCACAAACCCUAAAAGUACCACUGCAAGAGUUGACUUAACAUUACAGUGGAGUUACGAUAACGGUACAACCUGGGAUGGUGAGUUUCAGAUCUGGGAUAAAGCCAGCGGGUACAGCACUAUGACAGCUCAUCCGGGAGCUUCACCGUACAUCUUCAUUCUCUUCGAGAAGGGCAUCAUAUCAACAACCGAGUCUAUUCAGUUUGUACGCGUGAGCUUGUAUGACGAAGUGUGAACCUCUAUGAUGUUACGGUUCACAUGGCUAAUGGGUAAUAAUUAAUAUUCAUACUUUUGAUAGAGAUUUUAAGUUGAAUGAAGAAAGUAUUUUAUGUGGAAAAUUACCAGGUGCAAUUUGUCUAUUCAGAAAAAAUAUUGCAACCUGACGCCACUUCAGCGGUUGUGUACAAAGUCGACAGAGAGUCAAGAAAAUUUAAUUUUCUAAGUAUUUCCUAACAAAAUUGGAAAUAUUUCUGAGUCCGAAAUUCAUAUCCUUAUCAUUUUGCAAUGCCUGACCUCAUUGAGAAAAUAUGUGAAGAAAAAAGUGGCGUCAGAUUGCAACAUUUUUUCCGUCUAUUCUUCCAAUUUCAACACAGUAAUCAAAAUCUAAGUACAUAUAUCAAGAGAAAAUCAAUACAAGAUGUCAUUGUCGAACAUGAGUUUGUUAAUAUCAGAUUGCCUUUGUAUUAAUGAUAUUCAUAUACGACUCUAAUAAACAAACACAGUUUUACAGUAUUUCAGUAUACAUCAAUUGAGAUAAAUAAUACCUCAUUCCACUUUCUUGGAGCUGCAAUUUCAACACAGUAAUCAAAAUCUAAGAACUUGUCAAGCAACUAACUGUUCAAAUGGUUUGCCAGUACAUGUAUAAGUAUCAAGAGAAAAAAGUUAAUACAAAAUGUCACUGUGAAACACGAUUUUGUUUAUAUCAGAUUGCCUUUGUAUACAUGAUAUUCAUAUACGACUCUAAUAAACAAACAUAGUUCUACAUUAUUUCAGUAUUGCAUCAAUUAAGAUAAAUAAUACCUCAAUGCACUUUCUUGGAGCUGCAAAAAGCAGAAUAAUCGUGUAUCACAUUUACUUUGAUACCAGUGAAUACCAAUAUGCAUCACAUAACAUUUUGGCUCAUAACUUGUUGCUGAGAAUCUUGUGCUAAUAGGCCAUCAGCCUGGGUCCAAAAUUUUAGCCACCGGUAUCAAAUGAGGGGAAUAAUCGUCAUAGCAAUUUUUGGCAAGGUAUACACCUCCCCAG